AUGGCCAAUGCACUCGACAUCCCUUUCAAGGUUAUCGAGACCGUCUACCGCUCCGGACGUGGCGAUAACAUCGGUCUCAAGUGCGAGUGGGCGCCCUACUCUGGUGACAUCACCUCACGACCACGAUACGUCUUUGUCAAAACCAACGGUCCGGAUCAGAGCGCCGGUCAUCCAUUGGCACAUGAGAUCGAAGUCCAUCGCGCACUGUCCGGGGCUCCAGGAGUAGUGCCCUUCCUGGGUGUGCAGGCGUACCAAGAAUCGCCCGAACGCAUCAUGACUGAAUAUUCUCCGCAUGGUGACCUGGAGGAUUUGGUCAGUCGCUUUGGUCCUUUAGGUGAAAGCCAUGCACGCCUGGUCAUGCAACAGCUCCUACAAGGACUUGAGGCCAUCCACCGACGUUUCUACGUACAUAUGGAUAUCAAACCGGCGAAUUGGCUGAUCAGAGAAAACAUGCCAUCCGGUUUAUUCGGUGGAAUCAUCGACUUUGGGUGUUCGCUGUCUUUUCGAACGGUCAGCGGGAAGAUUGUUCCCAAGGGCAGGGGCACACCCGGGUUUAUUGCACCAGAGAUCGACUAUGGUCUGAGCCUAGUGCUGCCGGAUCGUGUGGACAUCUACAGUGCAGGUUGCUUUUUGUUCUUCAUUCUAACAGGUCAGUUCGCGUAUGAGCCCUCCGACGACGCUCCAUGUCGCCUUCACAACUAUCAUGCAAUGAAUCAUGUAUGUUCUCCUCAGGGUGUGUACCGUAACGUGUCGCUUGAGAACCGGUGGAUGAAUCGUCACACAGGGCUGGAUUUUCUCCUGCGCUUGCUACAUCAAGACCCGCUAGUCAGGCCAACGGCCAGCCAGGCCCUCAUGCAUCCGUGGUUCGCGCUUCUCCUCGAGGAGCAUGACGCCGUCGCCCUAUCUUACCCUCCUGCUCCGCGCCCGUACAUGAUGGCGGCAAGAACGGCACAUUACCCAGCGGUGCCAUCGGGUGCGGCGAUUGCGGCGGGUUCACCUCAGCAUGCUGCGACGCUAACAGAUACAGCUCCAACGACGAACGGAACUGGAAUCUCAGAGGUUCAGCCUAUCUGCGACGAAAUGACGGGCAAUGCAGACCAGACAGCAGAAGUUGCCAGCACGAUUGACGAAACUACAUUCCACAACUCCAUAAUUGACGCAGACUGGGUCGAUGAAGCCGGCCUCAAGACUGACAGCGGCAGCAAGAAAAGGCAUCGCAAACUUAGGUCACAUGGCGUGGUACACAAGAAUCAGGUUCAGCUCGAAGUCAUGAUGGCCAGAAUGCUCAGGAAGCGGCGCCAGAGGCGAUUGGGGCGCAAACAAUGA